AUGAAAAAUGCACUAGGAACUCUGAAAUGACAUGAAAUGACGACUUAAUCUGAUGUUGUCUCUUACGAAAUAUCAAUUUUUUUGAAAUUUCGUUCAUGUCGUCUUUAUUUAUGAAGCAUAUUUCAGGGGGGUGACAAUUUUUAGAUGCAUUUGGCAUCAAAUUCAAAACCAGUUAUAGAUUGGAAAAAACAUGGCGGAUUCAUAAGCAUGGUCUAUCUUUGUCUAUCCCCAAGCUAUGUAUAGGGUGUAUGGGACUAUAGGUGUUAUAAAGUAACGGCUUUCUAUUGUGGUGCAUUGUCUUGUUGAUUCAGUAAAGUUUAAUAAUCUGUGGAAGUUCUAAGUAUUUUCACCAAUAAUGGUUAAAGAUAAAGGAAAGAAGGAACGUCAAGGUGGUUUUGCUCCUACUAUCCAACAGAUUAAUGCAGACAUAUUGACUCAAAUUGCAAACACUUACUGGGCACCUCAUCAAGAUCAUCUGCCAUAUGAUCCCAGGGUCAUUGAAAAAAUUUAUGAAAAAGAUCUUUUGGGAUGCAGUUUUUCAAUUCAAAGGAUCAUGCUUUUGGAAUUUAGUCAAUACUUAGAAAAUUUUCUCUGGCCCAAUUUCAAUUCAGAUAAGGCUUCACUUGCCCAUGUCAUGUCUAUUGUUGUCAUGGUGAACGAGAAAUUUCGUGAAAGUGUUCCACCUUGGGAGAUCUUCAAGUCAUAUCCAGAACAGUUCCAGGGAUUUUUUCAACGCGUUCUGGACAUCAGUAUUCUUGAAGAGUCUGUUUCAAUCAAAGAGAAAGUUGUGAUAUUACAUUUUCUAAUCCAUUGCUUCAGCAGUUUGGAGGUAGAUGUGAUUCGAAAGCAGGUUCAACAACUGGUCUCAUUACCAAUGUGGUCUUGUUUGUUACCUGGUCGUCUUCAACAAGAGUUAAAACGGAUUCCAAAAUACAGAAAGUACUGGGCUCAUCUCAACAAGAAAGAUGCAAAAUGUGAUGAAAAUACUUUAAAAAGGCUACAAUGGGAGAGAUUGUAUCUGUCUAAUUUAAUAAAAUCAUUCUUCAACAUUUUGGAUUCAAUGAAAGAUCCUGACUCAUUGGAUAAAGACAAAAUUCAUUUCUCUGAACGGUUCCUUGAAUUGCUUGUGGAUCUUGAGGCUCUUCUUCCCACAAGAAGGUUCUUCAACACUGUUCUUGAUGAUGCUCAUGUUGUUGAACGGUGCUCUCUUUCUUUUCUUGCAAAAGAGCCAAAAAAAGGCAAAUUGUUCACUCAACUUCUAGACAUGUUACGCUUUUAUGCUGGUUUUGAAAUCAAUGAUGUUACUGGUUCUGCUCUCACUGAUCAUGAAAUGGUGAACAUUCAUUAUUGUAAAAUAACAUCACUUCAGAGAGCUGCUUUCAAGAAUUUUCCUGAACUUUAUAAUUUCUCACUAAGCAAUGUGGCAAGUGUCGAUACAAGAGAGGCUUUAUUGAAGCAAUUUGAACCUUUAGAGGAGAGAAAACUGCAUGAUAUUUGUGCUCACUUGAACCUGCUGCCAAAACUUGAGGAUAAACAAUCUUGUUUGGAUAAAGAUCUUCUACUUGAGAUAUUGAUAUCGCGUCAUGAAAGAAGACUUUCUCAAAUUGAUGCCCUCAACAACAUGCCUCUAUAUCCAACUGAACAGAUCUUAUGGGACGAAAAUAUUGUUCCAUCUCAAUUUUACUCUGGUGAAGAGUGUCUUGCGUUGCCAAAACUCAAUUUACAAUUCUUGACGCUUCACGACUAUCUUUUGCGAAAUUUAAAUCUGUUUCGUCUCGAGUCAACGUAUGAAAUAAGACAAGAUAUUGAAGAUGUCGUGAAACAUAUGCGACCAUGGUCAAAUGAAAUUGGUCACACUGAGUUUCGAGGUUGGGCGCGAAUGAGUCUGCCGAUAUCAAGUUUCACUGUAGUGGAGGUUGCAAAGCCAAAUAUCGGAGAGAAUCGACCAUCACGAGUUCGUGCUGACGUCACGAUUGAUCUUAAUCUUCGACGCGAGAUAAAAGCUGAGUGGGAAUCGAUCAGAAAACACGAUGUUAUUUUUCUUGUAUGUUGUCGACCUGCUAAAGUUACGGCUGCUUCUCUCGAUCCUAACCAACUCUUCAAGGAAAAGUAUGGUAUUGAUUAUGUUCGCGGUGCCGAGAUCGAAGGAAUGUUGGAUGAAGAAGGAAAAAUUAUAGAAGAUGGGCCUGAACCUAAGCCUGAAUUCAAGAGAGAUACACGUACAUUUAGAUUAUGGUUAGACACAAACCAGUAUCAACAGGAUAUGACUGCAGCCGUUCAAGGUAAAGAGGAUGUUUACGAGACUUUCAACAUUGUCAUAAGACGAAAGCCAAAAGAAAACAACUUUAAGGCUGUGCUAGAAACUAUUCGAGAUUUGAUGAACACGGAAUGUAUCGUUCCCGACUGGCUACACGAUAUCUUCCUGGGUUAUGACGAUCCGGGAUCUGCACAUUAUACCAGAAUGCCCAAUCAAAUCAAAAAUUUAAACUUCAAUGACACCUUUCUAAACAUGGAACAUUUAAAAGCUAGUUUUCCCAAAUAUUCGGUGAAGGCUCCGAAUAACGACGCUGACCAGUUGACUCCUCCGUUUAAAAUAACUUUUCCAGAAGAACAGGACAAGUCUAACAAAAAUGACGAUGUUGUCGAUGCAUUGCCAGAAAUAAUUGUUGAACCUUUCGUUACUCCUAAUAGAGGACCAUAUCCAUAUAAUCAACCGAAACGAAAUGCAAUUCCUUUUACUCCAACUCAAGUUGAAGCAAUCCGUUCUGGAAUGCAACCCGGUCUAACAAUGGUUGUUGGUCCACCUGGCACAGGAAAAACUGACGUUGCAGUUCAAAUUAUAUCAAAUUUAUAUCACAAUUUUCCUGAGCAAAGAACACUUAUCGUCACCCAUUCUAAUCAGGCUUUGAAUCAACUUUUCGAGAAAAUCAUGGCUCUAGAUGUUGACGAACGACAUUUGUUGCGUCUUGGACAUGGCGAGGAAGCUCUGGAAACAGAGAAGGACUUUAGCAGAUAUGGACGCGUAAACUUUGUCUUGGCAAAACGAUUAGAGCUUCUUGCUGAAGUUCAAAGAUUACAGGAGAGUCUGAAAGUUCAUGGUGAUGUCUCAUAUACGUGUGAAACGGCUGGGUAUUUCUUCCUAUAUCAGGUUGUGGCAAGAUGGGAAGAGUUCUCUAGUAAACUGCGCAAACGGAAAAAUGAAGUUGCAGCCAUCGCGGAACUUUUUCCUUUUACAUCAUUCUUUUCAAACGCUCCUCAGCCCGUCUUUAAAGGAAAGACGUGGAUGGAAGAUAUGGAGAUUGCUGAGGGGUGCUAUCGCUACAUUAAAAGAAUUUUUCAACAGUUGGAGGAGUUUCGUGCUUUCGAGCUUUUACGGAGUGGUGCUGAUAGGUCUAAUUAUUUACUCGUGAAAGAAGCGAAGAUUAUUGCCAUGACCUGCACUCAUGCUGCUCUCAAAAGACGCGAUCUUGUUGAGUUGGGAUUUAAGUAUGACAAUGUGCUCAUGGAGGAAGCAGCUCAAAUUUUAGAGAUUGAGACAUUCAUUCCACUCUUACUUCAGACUGCUGAAGAUGGCUUCAAUCGUUUGAAGAGAGUCACCUUGAUUGGUGAUCAUCAUCAGUUACCUCCUGUCAUCAAGAACAUGGCUUUUCAGAAGUUCUCCAACAUGGAGCAGUCGCUCUUUACGAGAUUUGUUCGUCUUGGUGUACCAACUGUGGAUCUAGAUGCUCAAGGUCGUGCUAGACCAAGUCUAUGUAAUUUGUACAAUUGGCGCUACAAGAAGCUGGGGAAUUUACAACAUGUUUUCAACUGGCCCGAGUACUGCACAGCUAACCCAGGAUUUCUCUACGACUUUCAACUUAUUAAUGUUGAAGAUUUUAACGGGGUUGGUGAAUCCGAACCCAAUCCGUAUUUCUAUCAGAAUCUCGGGGAAGCAGAAUAUGCAGCUGCCAUAUUCAUGUUUAUGCGAUUACUUGGUUAUCCUGCCGAAAAAAUUGCUAUCCUCACAACGUACAACGGUCAGAAACAUCUGAUUCGUGACGUCAUCAGGAAACGAUGCGCCGAAAAUCCUCUUAUUGGUUGGCCUUCAAAGAUCACAACUGUGGAUCGUUAUCAAGGACAACAAAAUGACUACAUUAUCCUGUCAUUGGUGCGCACGAGAACUAUCGGCCACAUACGAGAUGUACGUCGGUUGGUCGUCGCAAUGUCUCGUGCCCGCCUUGGACUAUAUAUCUUAGCUCGCGUCAAUCUAUUUAGGAAUUGUUUUGAACUAACCCCAGCUUUUGAUCAGCUGACAUCAAGACCUUUGAAUCUUGUCAUCGCCUUGAACGAACGAUAUCCUUCCCAAAGAUCGUAUAAUGCUGCUCCAACACAUGGAACAUUUUCAGUUAAAGACAUGCCUCAUAUGCAUCGUAUUGUCUACGAUAUGUAUCAAACAAUUGUGUCUGAGAUGAACGCCCAACAGCAGUUGGAACAACAACAGCAAUCAAUUCCUCAACCACCUCAAACAGAGGCUCGAACAACUCAAGGCAAAGAAGAAAUGGAGCAAUCUAUUGUGCCAGAAGCUUCCCAACCUUCAACUGAAAGUAUGUCAAUGUCAGAGGACCCCCCUGGUUCACCUAUUAUUAAUGAAGUUGAGGAAGAAGAUGUAAUGUGAAGUUAGCAGAGGGAAGUUGAGGCAGCAAUUUUGUUAAACAUAAUUAAAAAAUUUGAAACGCUGUUA